AAGAAUUCACUUGAGCAAAAAUCCACAACACAUUAGCCCCAAAACGCCUCCAUAAACCUCAAGAGCGACUCAUUUCAAGAGAAAUCGCUUUCUCUCUUCUUCUCUUUGGCUAUCGAAAAUGGGAACCCUAGGACGAGCAAUUUACACUGUGGGUAACUGGAUCCGCGGGACUGGCCAAGCUCUUGAUCGCGUCGGUUCUCGUCUUCAAGGGAGCCCCUACUUCCAGGAACACCUAUCGAGGCAUCGGACGUUGAUGAAUGUGUUUGAUAAAUCUCCAUUGGUGGAUAAAGAUGUGUUCGUGGCUCCGAGUGCCUCUGUUAUUGGUGAUGUUCAGAUCGGGAAACGCUCCUCCAUUUGGUAUGGGUGUGUUCUUCGAGGUGAUGUGAAUAACAUCAGUGUUGGAUCCGGGACGAAUAUCCAGGACAAUUCUCUUGUACAUGUUGCAAAAACCAACCUAAGUGGGAAGGUUCAACCUACUAUAAUUGGGGACAAUGUUACAGUAGGUCAUAGUGCUGUCAUACAUGGGUGUACUGUUGAGGACGAGGCCUUUGUUGGCAUGGGAGCUACACUACUCGAUGGUGUCGUGGUUGAGAAACAUGCCAUGGUUGCUGCUGCUGCCCUUGUGAAAGAGAACACUCGAAUCCCUUCUGGAGAGGUGUGGGGAGGAAACCCGGCAAAGUUCAUGAGAAAGUUAACAGAUGAAGAGAUUGAAUAUAUCUCAAAGUCAGCAGAGAACUACAUCAAUCUCGCACAUAUUCACGCAGCGGAGAAUUCAAAGUCGUUUGAUGAGAUUGAGGUUGAGAGAGCGCUUAGGAAGAAGUAUGCACGCAAGGAUGAGGAUUACGAUUCAAUGCUUGGGAUUGUCCGUGAAACUCCAGCCGAGUUGAUUCUUCCCGAUAAUGUCUUACCGGAAAAAACUACCACCAGGGUUCCGACUACACAUUACUGAUUCACCCGUCUCAGGUUGUUUUUGUUUGUGUGUUAAAUCAUUUCAAGACAGGAUUUAUUCUCUGGAAAGUCAAGAGAGAGAUUUUUUUUUUUUUGGUUUUCCCUUUUUCUUCCGAGCAAGCAGGGGAUUUAUCAUACUCUUGCUCAAUAAUGCCGAAAAAACAUGUACUGUUGCAUUAUGUCAUCACAUUGCAGAAAGAGAACGAGCUGCCUUUAUUUUUUAUCUCUCUGA